UUUUAUUUUUGUCCCCAAAAUCGCUGUUUCACGUUCAACUUAAGUUCGAUUUCCUUAUUUUCAGGAAUCUUUAAAACGUUUGUUUCUCAAAGAUCGAUUAUAUCCGAUUAUAUGGAAUUGGCAAUGAGCAAAACGUCAGUGAAACUUAAUUUAAAUAACAAAUACGUCUAAAAAAAAUACUGUCUUCAACAUCAAUCACAGAAUGAUUUGAAUUCAUACUUUUGUUAUGGCUAGUAGAGAUAUGAUCGAUCUGAUUUAAUAUAUUAUUGGUAACUGAGGUGAAAAUGAUAGAAGUAGCAGAUCUUCAAGAAUGUAUUCUAUUUUGCUGGGACCAAACCACACUGUUUUAGAAAACACACCUAUAUCAUUCAGAGGUCCUUUGAGUGUGUUUUUAUUAUCUGUUAAACGUAGAUCAGAAUAGAAUAAAACAGAAAAGAUCGUUCAUCGAUUGGAUUUAUUUAGUGCUUGUUUUUCUAGACACCCAAACCGCUUUUACACCUCAUCCACCACCAAGAUCAGAAUAUAAUAUUGAAUAUUCUUGGAUAGUUUUGUUGAAUCUUUUAAACAGAUAAUACAAUAUAAUAUAGCCUGUCUACAGUAGCCCCUAGGGUCUAGUAGUAUAUUAUUCCUCAUUCUGGAGGAUGUAAACUGUAUCUCAAAGAAUUCAUUGCUGAUUUAGUCUAGUUUUCAGGCCCACUAAAAGGCAUGCCACCACUGAGCCUGAGGGGAACGUGUUGGGUUGGGGUGUCUGGCUCUCUCUCUCUGCAUUCAGUCACUCACAACCCUCCCACCCGGUCCUGUUGAGGUCUGUGUAGCUCCACCUCCGAGGAAGUGCCCUCUCCGGAGCAGUAGGCUACCACGGAUCUGCUGGCCGCCCCCCUCCCAAGGAAACACUGGCCAGAGGAGAGGCUCUACUUCUUCUCGGUGUUUAUUCGUCUGGUUUGGGUGAACUGCUGCCGCCAUGGCCGACGAAGGCAUGGAUGAACGGUCCCCGCUGCUCUCAGCACCGAACUCUGGGAAUGUCACACCGUCGGGACCGCCUUCGUACCUGCAGGACACGAGCCCGAGAGCUGAACUCCCUCCCCCCUACACAGCCAUCGCCAGUCCCGACCCAGGGGGGGUACCUGUCAUCAACUGCCGGGUGUGUCAGUCUCUCAUUAACCUGGAUGGCAAGCUUCAUCAGCACGUGGUGAAAUGUACUGUGUGCAACGAGGCCACGCCCAUCAAAAACCCACCGACUGGGAAGAAGUAUGUACGCUGUCCCUGUAACUGUCUCCUCAUCUGCAAAGACUCAUCUAGGAGGAUAGGAUGCCCCAGACCCAACUGCAGACGCAUCAUCAACCUGAGCCCGGUGAUGGUGAUUCCAGAGGAGCAGCCGGCCCAGCCAGCCUUGCCAGUCCAGCCUGAGGGCACGAGGGUGGUCUGUGGCCACUGUGGAAACGCCUUCCUCGGUAACGAGGACUCUGCCACGGCCCCUCCUGAUCUCCAUGACAACAGCACCUCCACAGACCAGUGGAUGGAGCUCCGAUUUAACACACUAGCAAAAUGCCCUCACUGCAAAAAAAUAUCGUCUGUGGGUAGUGCUCUUCCAAGGAGGCGUUGUUGUGCCUACAUCACUGUGGGAAUGAUCUGCAUCUUUAUCGGAGUGGGAUUAACAGUGGGCACUCAGGACUUUGCCAGUCGUUAUCAUGCCACCUAUGUGUCCUGGGCGUUCUCCUACCUCCUUGGUCUGAUCUGUCUGAUACGAGCUUGUUACUGGGGAGCCAUCAAAGUCAGCUAUCCAGAGAACAGCUUUUCCUAGACAGACAGACCAUCAAAGUCAGCUAUCCAGAGAACAGCUUUUCCUUGACAGACGGACGGACGGACCGACGGACGGACGGACGGACGGACGGACAGUUGUAAAUCUUCCUUUAAGUUGUUCACGUUGUUGUUGUUUAGAUUCUGACAGCUCCAAGGUCAGUCCGGUCACUCCUGGUCACUCCUGGUCCUGGAGAAAACAGAAAUCCAGCCCGGGUUUUGCAAUUAACUCAAGAAAUCAGAUCAGUAAUUAAGACAUUGGUUCGAUAAAUCAUAAAGUGUGAUUUAAGUCAUUGAAAUGAAGAAACUUGACUUUGGUAAAUAUGAUGAUUACAAAGAAAGGGUGGCUGGAUUCCAUUUCCUGGACCACUGGCUGGCUGACUGGCUGGCUGACUGGCUGGCUGACUGGUUGGUUGACUGACU